UUUAUUUAUUAAUGUCUCAAUUAAAAUAAGAAAAAUAUUACAAGGUUCAGAAAAGGCACAAGCAGUAGGCUGCCUCCUUAGAUUAGCUGACUGACAAGCAUACAGAGAGCAGCUGCGGGGCGGGCACUGCCAGCGCGCUAUGGGUAUUUCCUGCUUUCGCCCCUCAGUACCCGGCAACCUCGCGGCGCCAGCUGGUUAAAAAAACGAAUGAACGCCGCAACCCCGCCAAAGUCCAGAUAUUUCAACUCUUGCCCUGCUGCUCCCAAAGCUCAUAUUACGCUGAACUCCGAUCACUUCUGUCCGAUCCUGACGCGCGAAUCGCAGGCGGUGUGAAUAAAGCUUGAUACACCACGGCGCCUAAAUUCAAACGGGCCAAUCAGCGCAUUGCAUCAGACUCCUGAGCAGAGCUCCUGCUUAGACAGUUUGGACUGCUCGGACUGUUCCUCCCGCUCGUCACCGGCUCAAGAUUUUCUUCGGAAUCGGCAUUACGCCGCCUGUUGCGGACUGAAUUUAUUUUAUUUUCAGCUCUUUUUCCACCGACACGACAAGAAAAGUGUGUAAGUUGCAUUCUUUUUCCUCGUUUAUGUUUUGUUCGUUAGCACUGCUGUGAGAGGUUAGCUAACUUUGCUUCUUGGUGGUAUAGCAUGUAUCACUGUAACAUAUGCGGAGAAUCUGUUCAGUCUGUGAAAGCUUAUGUUUUACAUUGCAGACUGCAUCGUAAUGAGCCGCGAUGUAUUUUUAAAUGUGUUGAUCCAAGUUGUAAGCAAGUGUUUUCUGGCUAUGCUGCUUUAAAAUCUCACUUUUACCGCAAUCACAUUGACACCACAAGAAACUUUCAGGAAGUAAAGUGUGACGUAUUCAAAUGCACCGUCUCCCUUUGUGAACAUCAGUGUGAGGGAACAAAAGCUUUAGUUGCACAUUUAAAGAAACAUAUAGAGGAGGGCCGACAUGUGACUUGUCCAGUGAAAGGAUGCCAAAGUGUGUUUUCUGUUAAAUCCACUUUUACCUCCCAUAUGUCAAGAAAACACAAACGUUUAGAAAAUGUGAUUUUCAGGUCAAACUCAGAGACUCAGUCACAGAAUCCAACUACAAGUGACAGCCUACAGGAGGUUACCGGUGUCUCAAAUGCAGAAAAUUCUUGCAUAGAUGGGUCCAAUUUUGUUGACCUUUAUCUUAGAAAUGUAUGUAUGUUUUAUAUUAAACUACAGGGACAGCAUCUUCUACCUGCAUCCACCAUUCAAACCAUUGUUGAAGAAAUACAAAACAUUCACGAAUUAGGACAGAUGUACACACUUAAUAAACUAAGCUCACUUCUAAAAGAUAUGUCAGUUUCAGAUGAAGACAUUAAAAAAAUCUGUGAUUCAGUAAAACAAUCAGACAUGUUUUCAGCUUGUCAUACAGGGCCAAUGAGGACUGCUUACUCAAGAGUUCAAUGUUUUAAAAAUGUGUUCAAAUAUGUGGAACCCCAGAAAGUUUUUUUGGGUAGAGAUGAGAACAGGACAGAUAGAUUUGCCUAUUAUGUACCUGUACUAAAGACUCUGAAGAACAUGCUGGAAUCCACUUUUUGGCAGGGUCUUAUGUCAAUGGGUCCUAAUGUCUCAAAUCUGGAUGUUCUGAGUGACCGUUGUGAUGGUAAUGUGUUUCUGUCAAACACAUUUUUUCAGGAAAAUCCAAACAGUCUCAAGCUGGUUCUAUACCAAGAUGCAUUUGAAGUCGUAAACCCACUUGGUUCUGCCAAAAAGAGGCACAAGGUUUUAGCUGUGUACUUUUCCCUACUCAACAUCCCCCCCCAUGCUCGAUCAAAUGUAGAUCAUAUGCAGCUAGUUUUACUCUGCAGAGAGAAAGACUUCAAGGAAUUUGGCCAUGACAGAGUUUUUUCAGAACUCAUGACUGAUUUGAAGGUGCUGGAGGAGAAUGGGAUAACAAUGGCAGAUGAAAAUGUUGUGAAGGGAACUCUCUACUGCAUUGCUGGAGACAACCUGGGCUCUCAUUGUAUUGGGGGUUUUACGGAAAAUUUCAGUUCAUCACUGUACUUUUGUAGAUAUUGUCUGUUAACUCGAACUACAUUUCAGGGUGCUGAUCCAACAGUCUGUGGAGCUCCGCGAACACCAGACACCUACAGAUCUGCCACAGAACAGUUGAAAAGAGAGGAUGUGUCAGAAGUGCAUGGAAUAAAGUUCAGAUAUGGCUGAAUCACAGUUGCUGAAGAACAUGGGGGAUGCAAUAACUGAAGUGCUUCCAGACCUUCCUGAUGAACUUGUCAAGUUGGUUGAAGAAACUUUGAAAACACUUGGUGCAACAACUAGAGAUGAUUUGAAGUAUAUCACAGAAAAUGAUUUGCUGCCUGUGUUAAAGCCCAUACAAGCAAGAAGAUUGGUGGCUUCCUGGACCCAAAAUGGUAAAUUUAAAAGAUUAUUAUUGAACAUGAUCAAACCUAUUAAACAUGAUUAUAGAAGUUGGGGGGGUUUAAAAGUAGUUUUUCUCAAUCCAAACAUGUUGUCAUCUUUAUUAUUUAACCAUGCUUUAAUAAAUCUGCUAUUCAGAAAAAAGUUUUUAAAAAAUGUGCUGGGAAUCUAUUAAAAAAACCUAAUUAAUCGCAAAUCUGUUAAAAAAAUCGUGAAUGAUCUUCAAAAAGUAAUAAAUCAGAAUUAUUUCCUUACGAGUUUAUUGGAACAAAAAAGUAAAUUAAAGUUUUCUCAACAACACUUAAUACAUUACAGCAGUAUUUGUUACUUUAAUCUAUUGCUAUAUUUUAUUUUACAGCCUCAAGCACCUCAACACCAAGUGCUGGACAUUCCUCUCCAUUGCGUGUCCUUUCAUCUUCACCUUCAAUCUCUU